CACAGUUGGACUACAAAUCCCAACAAGCACAGGGAAAAAAACACAACUGUAGAGCUUCCUUUUGUACAAGGGUCGGUAAAUACAACAAAGCUGCUUGAGAUCUCUUGGUCAGCACCAUGGGGCGGCUGGACGGGAAGAUCAUCCUGGUGUCUGCGGCAGCACAGGGCAUUGGCCGAGCAGCUGCCAUCGCUUUUGCUAAAGAAGGAGCCAAAGUCAUUGCUACAGACAUCAAUGAGUCUAAACUGCAAGAACUGGGGAAAUAUCCAGGCAUUCAAAUACAGGUUCUGGAUGUCACCAAAAAGGAGCAGAUUGAAAAUCUGGCCAAGGAGAUUGAAAAGAUUGACGUCCUGUGUAACGUUGCAGGGUUUGUUCAUCAUGGAACCAUUCUGGAGUGCGAGGAGCAAGACUGGGACUUCACGAUGAACCUCAACGUUCGCAGCAUGUACCUAAUGAUCAAGACAUUUCUUCCAAAGAUGCUUAAACAGAAAUCUGGAAAUAUUAUAAAUAUGUCUUCUGUGGCAUCCAGCAUCAAAGGAGUUGUGAACAGGUGUGUCUACAGUACUUCAAAGGCAGCAGUUAUUGGGCUAACAAAGGCUGUGGCUGCUGAUUUCAUUGAACAAGGCAUCAGAUGCAACUGCAUAUGUCCUGGAACUGUUGACACACCAUCUUUACAGGAAAGAAUCCAAGCCCGGCCUAACCCAGAACAGGCACUGAAGGACUUUCUGGCCAGACAGAAGACUGGCAGGAUGGCUACUGCAGAAGAAGUGGCCCAUCUCUUUGUGUACUUGGCCUCUGAUGAAUCUGCCUAUGUGACUGGUAAUGAACUAAUCAUCGAUGGAGGAUGGAGCUUGUGAUUGACUCUACCUGCAAAUGGAAAUUCAUACUAUGAUGGGCAAAAAAUUAAGAUGGUGUUUCUUGCAAAGAUUGAGAUCAUGCAUGUGAUGGCUUUCCAAACAAAUUUGCUGCUCUCUCUAGAUUGAUCUUACUGAUUAACUUUUCCUUAAAUAGAGAAACACUGGAGUAAAACAUACUUCAUGUGGCUUCAAUUUAUGGCAACUCCAAAAACAUGAAAGAACAGCAGUUUAAUGUUUAAGAUUUCAGGAGGCCAAAAAUAUUAUUCAUGUUACAAAAUCUGAGUUGUGUUUUAAGCAAAAUUUGAGUGAAAGCAAUUAACUAUUAUCUUUAUUCUCAUCUUACCAGGUAUUUGGAAAUUAAAUACUCACAAUUAGAUUUUCAUGUACAGGAACAACUAUACAAGGGCAGUAUUCUAGCAGAUAUGGAUGGGAGUAUAUGUGAGAGGAGUAUUCUUAAACAAAUGGGUGGAUCUUCAUGAAUAUGCUUUGCAGCACAAAAGCAAAAGGAAUGGAUUUUAUCACUCUAGAUAGAGCCAAUAUAUUUGUCUCCAAAAUGAUGUACUAAUAUUGGACAAAUUCUGUAAAAUGUGUUGCUAGGUGCUGCACUUUGGUGCUCUGUGCCUUUGUCUCAAGUACCAAUACAGCUCACACUACAGCACAAGGAAAAUUUCUCUGAAAAGUACUGCUUCUGCAAGAAUCAAGAAUAUGUGAUGAUGUUUUUUAUUGUGAUAGCACGUGGUUGCUUUGAUUCAUGAAAUAGAAACCUAUUAUUGUCAAGUUUCAUACUCUGGGAAAAAACACAGGUCCUGACCAGGGAUCUAGGGCAAUGAAUAACCUGAAUUCACAAAGCAUUUGUUUUGCUAACAUACUGCUUAAAACCAACAUGAAUUACAUGGUCUGACUGCCUGUAAAUAUGGUUACCUUUAACAUCGUUCCAUUUAUCUAAUUCAUAAAUGAAACUCUAUGUAAUUUAAUACAUAACUUCAUAUACAUUACAUACAUGUAUAUGUGAGGGAGGAAUUAAGGACUAAAUGCUCCCGAAUAUGAUUUAUCAGUAAUCAAAGCACAGGAAAAAUGUACAAUAUUGUGUGUGCUUCUAUAAGAAUAACUGCCAUGUUUAUAAAGUAAUUGCCUUUCUAUAUCACCUAAAGCAUUAAUAUAAAUUGGUUGAUUUCAAAGAUAAUGAAAUUGAUCUAGUUAAAGUCUGGCCUCUUAUUUUAAAAUAAUUGUAUGUAAAUCUAAAUUUUAUAAGUUUUGUGGCUGUUGACUUCAUUGGGCUCAUUAUGGGCUUAACGUUUACCUUUAAUCAUGGUUGGAGCAUUCUGACCUUGUGUAGUUUGUUUAUGGGGUUUUAGAGAAUCUAAUAUUUCAAUCAAGUGACCCUGGCAGCCAAGCAGGAUCACGCUGGGGCGCAAAUCCAAAGUUAUCCAAAAUUGCUCCAAAAAUGUUCACUGAUAUAAAUUCAAAUAUUAAAAAUUGAGGCUGGUAGAACAUUAUUUCAAUGGUUUCAGAGUUUAAUAUGAUGGCCAAAGUCCUUAUUUUAUAGUAGAUGCAGAAGGCUUACCUUGAAAAGAGAAAUUUCCCCGCUGCAGUAACACAGGGAAGGUGUACUGUGUACUCUGAAAAUACAAUUAAGAAUCUGAGAGAAAAAUCAUUAUACUUAUUGCACAUUACCCAUCAUUACUUAACCUUUAACUCGCUUAGUAGAGCUGCUGCUCAAAAACAGCUGCUGCUGUUGUCAAAGCCCUUGUGCAAGAAAAUAAGUACCACCUGCCUUUAAACUGCACUAAAGGCACAAAGGGCUUUUUUAAAUGGUAGACCAAAAAUCUGGUGGACAAGAAAAGUAAAAAUCAGCACAUUUUGCUGCCUCUUGCCUUAUUAGCAGUGCUUUUCAUGGAGGUGUUAGCAGCUGCAACUCUGAAAUGUGUUCCAAUGUCAUGAGGUUUUUCAGCAGACUUGCAAGAAUUAUUAAAGGAAAAUGCUUCUUAAUGCUCUCGUGA